AUGGCUUCGACUCUGACUCCAGAGAUCCUCCAGAUAAUAUUCUGUCAACUGCGUGAGCAUUACGGUCCGAAAGCUCUUCUUCCGUCAACGCUGGUGUGUCAACAUUGGAGGGACGUUGGUUGCCGGACUCUUUGUUCACACGUUGUGCUCACGAACAGCAAUCUUGCGCGCUUCCUUGAUUGCGCGAUCAACUAUCCCGAGCACUUGACUGCGAUCAAGUCGCUGACCCUCGAAAUUCAGGCAACCGUCCUUCCACGUUGGAUUGAAAAUGCUGGAACUCGGGAGUCUUACAGAAAAGAUGGUCUGGAAGAGACAAAGGUGUUGUUAAACCAACUCAAAACGGUCGCCGAAAUGAUUCUGCCAAACGCAUCGAGUUUGCAUACGUUUUCAUUGUUUGUUUCCAUGCCAAAAAUCACCAGAAGAAGACCUCGUCUUGACUACAUUGGCUUCAGGAUCGACAACGAAGUACUUGGUCAAUUACUGCGAGCACUACCGACAAGCUGUGUAAAUCUUGAAGUCGACACCGAUAUGUCGAAUUGGUCCUCCCAGAAGAAACCACAUCACGUCUGCUCAGACCUCUGGCAUGUGCUGCCACAGAUGCGCCAUGUCAAGCUCCGUAUGCAGUCACUUUGCAGCAGGAUGCUAUACAUCAACCAUGAAGAUCCCGAUGAUCGACUUGCUCAGCCCGACAUGACACGUCUCGAACAACUAGAUGAGCAGCGUAUUGUAAAGGCAGAUCAGCUGCGUACGCUGAAUAUCUGCACUCGCUCGCGAGAAGGUGCUGGUCCUCUCUUUGUUGAAUGCGAUUUUCUACAGAGAAAUCUAGAUCUAGGUGUUCAAGAGCCGUGGGGCCGCCCAUCGACUGGCAGAACACUAGCUCUAGCCGCGAAUCUUGCCGCAACAUACAGAGCUGGUGGUUUUCCAAACGCCGUACAAGUUGAGAUAUCCCAGCCAUGGUUCGGAAUGGAAGAUGAUGAAAACGACCCUCAACGGAAAGAACGAGCGCAAGUCUACCGUAACGUGAUGUUGUCGCGUGAUUGUAUGGCGGACAAUACUUUACCACAACCUCUAAGACGGAUCGACGGAGAUGGCAAAAUGUUAGCAUUCUACGAUAAGACUGAUACCUGCAUGAUUGGAAAGGCUGGUGACUUGUUACACUAUGCAGAAUACUCAGUCUGGCGUGAAACAUUGUAUGGAGCUCGCAUGCCUUGUUGCACCGACUCUGUACCUUCAGAUGUUAGGCUUCAAGCCACACCAUCGUUCAUGUCGAGAGAAGAAUGGCAGAAGCAAUCCGAAUUUGUCAUGAUUGGUUGGAGAGAGGGAGAAGAUCACGGUAGAAAGGUCGCAAGAGUGGUGCCACUGCCUGGUGCUGAUGCGGGCUUCGAGAUCGACAAGAUGCCAUUGUUAGAAGGCACACAGAUGAGUGGUCAGAUCAUCGAGUAUUUCGGAGGCUACCUUUGA